AUGAACGAUCUUAACGUCCUCUGGCCAUACGAUGAGGACGGAGCCAUGGCUGCAAAUCACAAUGGCAGGCCGGCUGCCGCUGCCGCUCCCAACGCGCCGCCUCCCUCUACGCUUGCCGCACAAUUGGUCGAGAAUAUUUCGGCUUCGUCCAAGUCCACGCGAUCCGAUGAAAACGCCGAGCUGAAGAGGCUGUUUGCCGUAAUCGAGAAGGUCAAAAACAAGCCUGAACUGCUAGAGACUGCCGAGCAGAGGACGGGUCACAAUCAUAUGCUCAUCUACGUCUACGCCCGCGUUGUCCUCGAAGGAAUCAAGCUCGACGAUCCGUUUGCCGACCGAAAUCACAUGCGAAACGAGGCGCUGAAGGCCAUAAACUUCUUGAAGGUCACAAUCGAGGAGACACCGAAUGUCUUGAACCAUACUACAGAUGGGAAACAAUUCGUUUUCCGCGGGGAGGAGCCUCUUUGGAUUUGGGUCUUCCCAAAGAUCCUUCGGUUACUGGGCCACUCUCGCUGCCUCGAGCUGACGGGAGACUUUGAGGGGUUCUUCCAAUUUGUGAUUCUCGUGGUUAUUCGUACGGGAUCAAUGUGGAAACUUCUCCCGUUCAUGUUACUGUACUUGCGCGAGACCAGUAGGGCUCUCAUAAGUCACUUGCAAAAUAUGGCACCGAGUUCAACCGGAAAAGACGCUUCUGUAAACAUGACAUUGCCUUCGGAUAGUACACUGGAGCUCUUGUUAGGAAAGCCUGGCACCCUCUUUGUCCAACAGACCACAUAUACCGUCCAGCAUGUCUCUCAGUGCAUACAUCAGGCAACGACGCUGACUUCGGCCUUGGCGCACCCCUCAAUCUUCAAAACUCCGAGUCUCGUGUCACGACCAACAUUGUCUCAGAUGGCACCGUGGCUUCUUGAUUCUUUGCUUUCCCUUCGUGCUGUACAGAACGCAUGGCAGGCGAUUGUGCCAAGGCCUCGAGCCGACUUGCUCAAAAUUGCUCUGAACCUGCUCUCUAAUAAGCCACGUCCUGGCAAGAAAUUUUUCGACUUAAAAAAGCCAUACGCUGUGCUAGCAGUACUCUGCGCUGAGCUCGCAGCACAUCCCGAAGAGAUACAGGGGACAGAUGACUCGAGCGCGGCAGCGAGGAAGACGGUCUCGCUGGCGCUCAUCCGGCUGGCGCAUGCGUCGCUCGUAGAUAGAGAAAUCGGCAGACUAACAGCACCGAAGAUUGUCUGCCCUUUGGAGUACGAGAUCCCUUCACUCGCGACAAUAAGCGAUGCCCACGAUUUCAUACUUUCCAUUCAAGUUCUGAAGCAAACAUCCGGAUCCAUCGUCCCGAAAGCCCUCGACUCUGAGACUCAACCCGCUUCUUUUAUCGACGCCGACUUGCGUCAGGCAGUGGAAGAGCUCGGUCUAGAAAAUCGUGCUACUGAGGAUGCAGAACCCGCUUCAAAGCGUCUCAAGGUGUCUUCAGAGGCUCCUGAACUCCGAGCGUUGAUCAAGCGUAUCUACGAAGUCUGUCAAGUGGACGAGGCUGAGGAAGCCGGAGGGCUGGAGCACAAUUUCCUGAACAAGUACAACGACCUCAGCGAAAAUAAUCAGUGUCGAGCUAUCGACCUGGUGGCCCGCAUAUGUUGUGCAGUGGACUUGGCAACAGUUGUUGACGGCGGUGCAAGCAUAGGGAAUCAUAACAGUAUAGGAUGCACGUUCUGCGAUGAUAAAUAUAGAGGCUCUCGAACCCUCGAUGUGACAACAGCCGCAGAAAAAAGGGAGGCCCAAUCUAUCUUUACGAAGCUCAUUCAUCUACCCAACUUCAAGGAGUCAAAGCGCCCGAGGAUCGUCGCGAUGAUCUCAGCCAGACGUAUUAUCAACCACGCUGACGUUACAGAACUCAUUGACCUCGAAACCUCUCCUCUGGGCCAAUGGUGUUUGCAAAGCUUGCAUAGCUCUAUCAGAGAGCUCAGAAUCGCUUCUGGACGUGCUCUUCCUUUGUUCCUGAGAGACAACAAUCUUGAGUCGCUUGACCCGACUCUGAUUAUUCGCAACCGAAAAAAUGCACUUAGUCUGCUCAAAGCCGCUUCCGAAAAAGAUGCAGCCAUAUUCCAUGAAAGCGGGAUCCUGGCCUGGGGCCAACUUGGACGGGUCGUGACUGGAGACGAGCUGAAUCUUGUUCUGCACAAGUUGCUUGAGUACCUCGGUAGUAUCAACAGUCUGAUUGCAUCAUGUGCCUUCAACGAGAUUCUCAACCUAGCAUCUGCCCUGAACACGACACCGCGUCGUUUGUUUGAACCCUUUUGGAGGAACCUUGCAUACUUCGCUGUUAAGGACAUGCAGGCUCGGCCGCAAAUUUGCCGCGCCAUUGCCGACCUGUUGCAGAUAUCCGUCACCGAAUUUCUGCUACUUAUCCAGUCCCAUGCCUUACCUUGGCUGGUAUUAAUGAAAAAGAAGGAGGUGAUUCAGAAAAUCGCCGAAGCGCGAGGAGAAAGGGACAUAUGGGUCCCUAUCCUAGACCCGGCCAAUGCUGGCUCGAUCAUUGCGCUUUUGCUCAUUCAGGAUGUGGGGAAUAUCGAGAAUUUUGUUAUGUCUAGGCUCGUUGAGGUGUCUUCUCACCUAGAGACAUUCACUUUGGUUGAGCUUGUGCAAUCCGAAGUCUGUUCGGUCGCGCUAGAGCUUUUCAAGGCUGCUGGGGAGGCGGAUGAAGCACGAAAGCCCCGAAUAAUCGAGGCAUUGGCAUCCUUCUGUUCAAUGAUGAUGGUCGCAAACAAAGAGUCAAAGCCAAAGAAGGGCAACACGAUUGGAAGAUAUUUACAAUCGUAUAUUCUUGGUCUCAUGGCUCGCCUUGCGGAUGUUAUCAAUGACAUGCCACUUGUCUUUCCUCCAGCCGAAGAACAGAGACGCUGCAUACGUGCCUUGGAGGAGAUGAUCAGACAUUGCAAAGCCUAUGUUCGGAUUGCACGCCCACAGAUUGCCGCAUGUCUUCUGUCAUCCCUCGCUCAGGAUGAUCUCAGAGAAGCCGCAUUCUCUUGCUGGGCGGCUCUGCUUACAUGUCUCGAGCCUGAAGACGUCGAGGCCUUGAUCGAGACUACAUUCUUCGUCAUCAGCCACUACUGGCCGCUCUUUAGUGAAUCCUCUCGACAAAUGGCCAAGACUUUGAUCCAGAAGUUGAUCACGGAAUUCAGUGACAGCCUUAAUGACUACAUCACCAAGCUACCUUCUUUGGGUCAUAUCACAGAGUUGGCAGAUGUCGAAAAGGAGCUCAACGCGGCGCGUCCAGUCCUAGACAGCAGGACGGCAUUUGCCCUCUUUGCCGAGCGCACGUCUCACGAGAACUCGGGUGUCGUAUUACUGGCACUGACCGAACUCGAGGUCUACCUCAGACAGAGUGGAGGCUUCCUCCAGACUUCAGCCAUCAGCCAACAGCCUGACCCGGUCGUACCAAUGUUGAUACGAGCUUUGCUAGACUGUGCAGCAAAGUAUAGUGCUAUGCACCAGCUUGAAAUUGCCAGCCUUUGCACUCAAUGCAUUGGCCUGGUUGGCUGCCUCGACUCUAACAGAGUGGAAGCACCGCGAGAGCAACAGUCGAUGGUCAUUUUGAGCAACUUUGAGAGUGCAGACGAGACGACAGACUUCGUGUUGUUCAUCUUGGGACAGAUCCUCGUCAAAGCUUUCUUGUCCACUACAGACACCAAACUCCAAGGUUUCCUUUCCUUUGCCAUGCAAGAGCUGCUCGACCGGGUGGAUAUCAAGGCUGCACUGGCUAUGAAAGGAACCGGAAUGCGGGAUGGUGGUGUCAUCUACAGAAAAUGGCUAACACUAUCGGAGAGUGACCGCACUGUCUUGACACCUUUCCUUACCUCCAGAUAUCUUUUGACACCUAUGAACGUGGUCCCAGUCGAGUAUCCUAUCUUCCGCCCGGGAAAGCCCUACGGCAACUGGAUGCGCUCAUUCAGCAUGGAUCUCUUGGGUAAGGGGCAAAAUGGGCACGCGGAUCUCAUCUUCGAGCCAUUGUGUCGCACUAUCAAGGUCAAGGAUUUGGCUGUUGCUGAGUUUCUGCUGCCAUACCUCGUGCUUCAUGUCAUUGUAGGUCACCGGAGCACGCGAAAGGAUCGAGACAACGUCAUUGGAGAGCUCGUUGGCAUUCUUCAGCACCAGCCCGCCGAGGACGCGCCCUAUUCGGAACGGGAAGAUAUGAAGCUGUACUGCGAGGCGGUCUUCAGAGCUCUCGACUACGCGAGUAGAUGGCUCCAAGAGAAGGACGCAAGACGCAAAAAUGACGAUGAUCUGCCCGCGAUAGGACGUGUUCAGGAAUUGCUCAACACCAUCCCGCCAGUGCUCAUCUCUCAACGUGCGAUGGACUGUAGAGAGUACCCCCGCGCGCUCUUUCACCUCGAGCAGCAUGCCCAGCAAAUGGAGGUUGAGAACAGCGAUCCAAGGCAGAAAACUUUGCUACUUGAGCAGCUGCAGGAUAUCUAUACCCAGAUUGACGAACCUGACGGGCUAGAAGGAAUUUCCGCUCAUCUGCACGUUUUGGAUAUCAAUCAGCAGAUUCUUAGUCACAAGAAGGCAGGCAGAUAUACUGCAGCUCAAACUUGGUACGAAAUUAAGCUGGCAGAAGAGCCUGAUAAUAUUGAUGUGCAAAUUGAUUUGCUCAAUUGUCUAAAGCAGUCCGGCCAACACGAUGUAUUGCUCAAUUAUGUCGAAGGCAUGCGAACAGAGCCUUCGACAGAAAACAAGAUUGUUCCGUAUGCAGUUGAAGCAGCGUGGGCUACGAGGAGAUGGGAUACUUUGAACAAGUAUACUGCUCGAUUCCAUGGCAGCCCUCUGGAAGACUUCAACGUCGGCAUCGCCAAGCUAUUUAACGCUCUACAGAGAAGGGGGCCCGGCAGCGAUACAUUCCCCGAAAUGCUGCAGAGUAUGAGAGAGAAGAUCGCCUCCGCCAUGACACACGUGGCAACAUCAUCUUUGCAGGCUUGCCACGACCUACGACUUAGGUGCCAUGUCCUUACUGACCUCGAGAUCAUUGCUGGAACUCAAGCUUCGGAGGGCGAUGCACACCAGGAGGUUCUAACGACGCUUAACCGUCGCCUUGAGGUUCUUGGGGCGCCCAAGUUUUCCGAUCUUGACAUAUCUUCGUUGUGGCUUUCAAGCGCUCGGUUGGCCAGGAAAGCCAAUUCAACCCACCAGUCGUUCAAUGCCGUGCUACAUGCUUCCCAACUUGGCGACGGAGCUGCGGUCAUUGAGAAUGCUCGGCUUCUGUGGAAGGAUGGCCACACACGCAAGGCCAUCCAAGUUUUGCAAGGAGCCAUUGAAUCGAAUAACUUCAUGACGCAGACCAACAGUUCCUCUUCUAUUCGUGGCAUGGAUGCUCAGCAAAGGCAAUUGACAGCCAGGGCUCAACUGAUGCUCGCCAAAUGGCUAGAUGCUGCCGGUCAGACCAACCAUCUGACACUGCGUGAGAAAUAUCAACAACCCCCUCUCACAGCUAGCACCUGGGAAAAGGGCCACUACUACCUGGGGCGUUACUACAAGAAGGUACUGGAAUCUGAGAAGACUCUCAAGGCAGACGAUCAAACCGACCCCUGCAUUCAGGGCGAAUACACCAGACUCGUCGUCGAAAAUUACCUUCGGUCUUUAAACUACGGCACCAAAUAUCUCUACCAGACCAUGCCAAGGAUUCUUACACUGUGGCUUGAGUUCGGAGCGCAAGUUGACAAGGCCCCCGAAGGCAAAGUUUCACUGUCUCGUGAGCUCCAUAGGAGGCGAACGGAUCAGUUGAACCUCCUUCACCGGUUCCUCGACAAGUCCAUAGCCCGAUUACCAGCAUACAUAUUCUACACGGCACUUCCACAAAAAGUUGACGGGAGCAACUAUGAACUCAGGCAGCUCUUGAGGAUGGGUGAGAAGCUCGCAGAGCAACUCCUAUUGGCUUGCAACAACGGCGAUUUCCAAAGCAACAGGACGACCGUAGCGAGCAUCACGCGCGAUCUAAACUUCAACCACAAGUGCACCCCUUGCCCUCUGGUGGUGCCCAUCGAGUCGUGUCUGACGGCUGCCUUGCCGACACUGACUGACAAUGUCAAAACCCACAAGGCGUUCUCGCGAGACGUCAUUACCAUCGACUCCUUUCUGGACGAGGUACUGGUUUUGGGAUCUUUGGCCAAGCCGCGCCGACUGACCGCACGCGGAACGGACGGAAAGAGCUACAUGCUUAUGAUCAAACCCAAGGAUGAUCUACGCACCGACCAGCGUCUGAUGGAGUUCAACAGCAUGAUCAACAGAUCGCUGAAGCGAGAUCCUGAGGCUAGCAGACGCCAGUUGUACAUUAAAACGUAUGCUGUCGUGCCUCUGAACGAGGAGUGCGGUAUCAUCGAAUGGGUUGAUGGGUUGAAGACACUGCGCGAGAUUCUCUUGGAUCAGUAUAAAUCCCGCCAGGUACACCCCGACUACAAUCAGAUCAAGCGGAUGAUGGCUGAGGCGGUGACGGGACCGAACAACAUCAAGAUGUUCACCGAAGGCGUUUUGGGCACGUUCCCGCCCGUGCUGCAGCACUGGUUCGUCCAGCGUUUCCCUCACCCUUCGACUUGGUUCUCUGCGCGGCUCAAGUACACCCGGUCCUGCGCCGUCAUGUCGAUGGUGGGUACAAUCCUAGGACUCGGCGACCGACACGGUGAGAACGUCUUGCUGGAGCGCGACAAUGGCGGCAUCUUCCACGUGGACUUCAACUGCCUCUUCGACAAGGGCUUGACGUUUGCGCAGCCAGAGAAGGUGCCGUUCCGCCUGACGCACAACAUGGUGGCGGCGAUGGGUAUCUACGGAUACGAGGGUCCCUUCCGGCACUGCAGCGAGCUGACUUUGUGGAUUUUGCGGCAGCAGGAGGAGACGCUGAUGACGAUUCUUGAGGCGUUUAUUUACGAUCCCACGCUGGAUUUACAAAAGGAGAAGAAGACGAGCCGUCGGCAGGACGGGGCGCCUAGGAUGCAGCCGCAGCUUGUUGUGGACAGCAUCAAGCGCAAAGUUAAGGGGCUGAUGGGUCAGGACACGAUCCCGUUGGGGGUGGAGGGCCAGGUAGAGGAAUUAAUCAAGCAGGCUGCUGAUCCGAGAAACCUGGCGGCCAUGUAUAUCGGAUGGUGCCCAUUCUUCUUGAGGUGCUUCUUCCCAAAUCUGGCAUUAACCACCUCACCUCCCUCUCAUUUCUUCUUCUUCCAGACACCUCCGUUCAUUCUUUUCACUUUCUUCGAGAGUACACUUUUCCAUAUUCAAUCGCUCUUCAACCCUAUCGUCAACAUGCCUGACUACCGCAUUGAGGUCUCGCCCAAUAACCGCGCCGGAUGCACCGAUGGCGUGUGCAAGAAGGCCGCGGCCAAAUGCUUGAAAGGUUCCCUUCGCUUCGGCACAUGGACCAAGAUUAUGGAUCAUGAGUCCUUCAAGUGGAAGCAUUGGGGAUGUGUUUCUGGAGAGCAGAUGCAGCACGUCCGGGAGCUUUGUGAGAGGAACGGAAAGUUCGACUUUGACGCCUUUGACGGCUAUGAUGAGAUGGGCGAUCACCCUGAUCUUCAGGCCAAGAUUCGCAGCGCUAUAGAGCAGGGCCAUAUUGACGCCGAGGACUUCAACGGUGACCCCUGGAUGAACAAGCUCGGCCAGCGCGGCAUUCGCGGCAAGAAGCCCAAGGACUGGGAUGACGGCGAGGAGGAAGAUGAGGAUGAAGCCCCCGCUAAGGGUAAGAAGCGCGGUCGCAAGGCCGCUGACGAGGUGGAAGAGGAGAAGCCCAAGGCUAAGCGCACCAAGAAGGCCGCCGCCAAGGCCGAGACUGAGGACGAGGAAGAAGAGAAGCCCAAGCCAAAGGCCAAGCGCGGUGCUCGCAAGUCCGCUAUCAAGGAGGAGGAAUCCGAUGAUGGGGAGCCGAUAGCGGCUCCCAAGCUCAAGCGUGGUCCCGCCAAGAAGGCUGCUGCUGUUAAGAAGGAAGAGUCUGAUGCCGAAGAGGCGGAAGAGGCUCCCAAGCCUAAGCGUGGUGCCGUCAAAAAAGCUGCCCCCAAGAAAGCAGCCAAGAAGGUGAAGGCGGAGGAGAGCGAGGAGGAGGUUUCUGCUGCCGAGCCCGAGACUAACCCCGAAUCCGAGGAAGAGGAGAAGCCCGCGCCUCAAAAGGCCAAGGCGGCACCCAAGGGUCGCAAGAAGGCUGCUCCUGCUGCUGAGGCGGAGAAGCCCAAGUCGACGCGAGCCAGUCGUUCUCGCAAGUGA